UCAAGCGGUCAUGCCUGAUCAUGCAAGUAAAACCAGAGAGCCCAAACUGGUGUCAUGUGAUAGAUGUUAAAAGUCACUAGAUGGCCAAGCUUGGUGGUGUAUGCCUUUAAUCCCAACAUUGAGAAGGCAGAAGCAGGAGGAUCUCUGUGAGUUCGAGGCCAGCCUAAUCCACAUAGCAAGUUCCAGGCUGACCAGAGCUACAUAGUGAGACCCUGUCUCAAAUAAAAGUUAAAAAAAAAAAAAAAGGAAGAAAAAGAAAAAAGAAAAGAAAAAACCCCAAACAAGAAAGGAGUCACCAGACAUCCCGGUGCAGGGGGUGGUGCCAGGCUGUGUCAGCUGCACUUUGAGGAAGCAUAGGAACCAUAAGGAGCUAUAAAGAUAACUGUUUCCUUGUUUCCUGCCCCUUGCCACCAUGAGGCCACCGGCCUGGCAUUAAGUAACACCUUGCUACCCCUCCCAUCUUUUACUUGAUCUGCCUGUGGUCAGAUAUAGUAUUUUUGUUUCUUUGUGUUUUGAGAUAGGGUUUCUCUGUGUAGCCCCGGUUAUUCUGGAACUCACUCUGUAGAUCAGGCUGGCCUUGAACUCGGAGAUCUGCCUGCCUCUUCCUCCCAAGUCCUGGGAUAAAAGGCGUGCGCCACCACCUCCAGACCAGAUAUGAUGAUCUUCAUCUGCAUGGUGGGGCGCCCUAUUACUUAUAGCCCAAGUCACUGAGACCCCCAUGGGUUGGCUGGAUAAAACUAUCUCUGAUCCUGGUUCCCUUCCCAUCUCUCUCCAUUCUCUGACAACAUCCAGCUGCCCGCAGCCAAAGGAAACACCCACUGAACUACUAAAUGCCCUUCACUAGGUGCUAGUACAACCAACCACACCUGAAGCCGGGGGAUGGAGCCAUAGGCCAAUUGGCAGCUCCCACCCCAUAGAGAAAGUCCAUCCUAGAGAGGAAGGGGAGAGGAAGAAUGCUAUGGGGCUUGGGAGGUUAGAGCUGAUAGGAAAGAGGUUUUAUUCUCAGUCUAGGCAGGCCAUAUCUAUGCCCCCUCCUUACUGGACACAGGUCUCCAGUUUUCAUGCGGUCUCCUGCUCAUUUUGGGGCUCCUUGGGUCCCUUCCUGGGUUACAUACCCAUGACCCCACCUGCACAGAUACUGGGUUUAUUUUCUCUUUAUUCUGAUGCUGUCCCAAAGUAUAUUCUCUAUCCCCCCUCAUCUCAAAAACUCCCCAACUACCUCUGCUGCUCUCCCCAUCUCAGUCUGGGAGUUCCCCACAGGGUCAAACUGCCAGGACCCUCUGCCGCCUGGAACAUCCUCACCGAGUCCUGUGAAGCAAACCACAUGGACAUACAAACACAAGGAGCUGCACAUAAAAUAAAGGAGAUAGCAGCGAGCAGAUAAAAAUCACCUCUGCCCACUGUCUGGUUACGGAAGCUGCUCGCUCUUGGCAGUUCCUUGCAGUGGGUACCUAGAAGUAGGUAGGACAGGAAGUCUGACAUAGGUGCUGACAUUUACUGAUGUCCUCUGCGUAAAAACAUCUCCCUAGGUAUAUGACCUGUGUCUUUUUAUCUUUGCGAUCUGUGUGUGGUUGUCUCCUGGAAAGAACCUCUAUGAAGCUCAUUAGCAGCUUGUAGCCUUGCAAGUCUCUGUCAAGCAGACCUUGCCCAUGGCUGAGCUCGGAUACAACACCAAGGCAAAAAUUCCCAAGGGACACCUUCAAGGUACAAUGCAUGGCAGUGUUUUGGAGGUCAUCAGAGCCUGGUUGAGGAGCCUAGCUGUGGCCCUGGCAGCUUCCAGCGUGGGACUGGCAACAACACACGGUGUUGCAAUCGGUGUGCUCCAGGAGACCUGUCCUGAAGGAGAUUGUAUAUGUGUCAUGCCGGAGUACCACUGUGAAGACCCUCAGUGCAAGACCUGCAAGCACUACCCCUGCCAACCAGGCCAGAAGGUGCAGCCUCAUGGGAAUAUUAAGUUUGGCUUCAAGUGUGUUGACUGUGCCAUGGGCACCUUCUCCGCAGGCCGUGAGGGCCGCUGCAGACCUUGGGCCGACUGUACCCAGUUUGGAUUUCUCACCAUAUUCCCUGGGAACAAGACUCACAAUGCUGUGUGCAUCCCGGAACCGCUGCCCACUGAACGACAUGGUCAUCUGGCUGUCAUCCUUCUGGCCACGACUGUUUGCAUUCUCUUCUUAAUCAUAGUCCAGCUCUGCCUGCACAUAUGGCAGCUGAGGAGGCAGCACAUGUAUCCCCGAGAGACGCAGCCACUCUUGGAGGUGCAGUUUCCACCAGCUGAGGAUGCUUGCAGCUUUCAGUUCCCCGAGGAGGAGCGUGGGGAGCAAACGGAGGAAAAGAAUCGUCUGGGAGACCGGUGGCCAUGAGGGCUCUUCUUCCUCUGUACUCCAAGCCAGACCCUCUAAAACUUGCCCAGACCUACCCUUGGUGAGAGCAAGGGCUCUGCUGUGCAUCCUUCCCUGGGCCUGGCCCUGCUCCCCUCGAUGGUGGAAGUGGG